UGGGGAGUGUACCUCAGUAUACGAGUCAGUUCACUACUUGUGUUCGUGCUUCAUGCUGCAGUGUUUAGUUUUCACGCGUCUCGUUCACUCGCGGGAAACCGGCGCUGUCAGAGAGUCCGUGGCGCGAAAUGAUCGGAGCGCAGCACCCGUAAAAGAAAAAUCAGAGCAAGGACACGUUUCACUAUCAGUGCACCUUUAUCACAGGUAACACAGGACAUCCGGAAGAACAAGCAGAUCAGGUUACACUCCAGCCGAGAUUUUACACGAGCCACAACAAUCUACAAUAAACAUCCAGAUUACAGCCAUGACAGAGCUGAAGAAGAACAAGCUAUUUAUUGUGCUGAUGGAUAUACUUUGUGUGCUCGUGGUGGCGAUGCCGUUCAUCAUCAUGACCAUCAUGUUCCGGCCGUACCAGCGUGGAGUUUACUGUAACGACGAAACCAUCCGUUACCCCUACAGACCCGACACCAUCUCUCAUAAAUUGAUGGCUGUCAUCACCAUAUGCAGCUCUGUCAUUAUCAUCACUUCCGGAGAGGCGUACCUGGUCUACACCAAACGUCUCUACUCCAAUUCGGAAUUUAACCAGUAUGCUGCAGCACUUUACAAAGUCGUUGGGGCAUUUUUGUUCGGCGCGUGUAUAAGCCAGUCUUUGACCGAUAUGGCGAAGUACACCAUCGGACGCUUGCGGCCCAACUUCAUGGCCGUGUGCGCUCCGGAAAUCUGUAACGGUUACAUGUUGGAGAUAAACUGCACAGGCAACCCUCGCAACGUGACCGAGUCCAGGCUGUCGUUUUACUCCGGCCACUCGUCCUUCGGGAUGUACUGCAUGUUGUUUCUGGCGCUUUAUGUCCAGGCACGAAUGGCAUCCAAGUGGGCCCGCCUCCUUCGGCCCACCAUUCAGUUCUUCCUGGUGGCUUUUGCCAUUUACGUGGGCUACACGCGUGUGUCUGACUACAAACACCACUGGAGUGAUGUUAUCAUUGGUCUUCUGCAGGGAGCACUGAUUGCUAUCCUCACUGUGCGAUACAUUUCCGACUUCUUCAAAGAGCGCCCCCCUCGCUGCCAGGAUGUUGAAAAUGCCGAAAACGAAGACAUGGAGCGCAAACCCAGCAUUCAGAUCACAGACGCAGACAGAAACAACCAUUACUCUUACAGCAGGCCUGUAUGAGCCGGACCUUUGACCCAGUGUGACCGCUCUCACACACAGAACCACUAGAUGCUGCAUCCUCGACGCCACGUCUCGUACCAAUAGCCAAACACACCGCUGCUGCCCUCACCUACACUGGCAUGAUCUAUACUCUCUUCCACAGGACAGAAUGCACAGACUAACACUGAAUAUUUUAUACUACUCUAUAGAUGGCUGACCGUGUUUAUAACAUUUUAUGCAUUCUCAUAUAUGCCGCGUGCAUUGAUCGAAUCUAAUGAACAAUGAAAGACUUUGUUUUAUGAUAGCACCAAGACACUCCCUCAAAGGGAACUGGUUGUUUCCAUGGCAACCUCAAAACCGUCGUUUCACAUUUACUGACUGGCCGAACGUCUGCUGUUCGAAAUUCUUUCAACGUGGAGACAAAAGGGCUUUUCUUAGUUGUGACAGAGGACAAGGGUUGUUUGGUUCCCUAAUUGUAAAAAAAAUACAAAAUCCAAGUUUGAACACUGAAAUGGUGCCCAAAAAAGUCUUACAUUAUCAAAGAGAUAUUUUACCUACAUUUUAUAUACAUUUUUAAAAACUGGAUUACAGCGACUUUAAAGUCUGUUUUUAUAAAGAUAUGUUAUUAUCCUGUGACGGUAGGUUUAGAGAAUUUGUAACUCUUUAUAUCCAUAAACUAAUUAUAUCUACAUCCAUCUGCAAGCAUUUGUAUACAAACUGCAUAGCAUGAUUUUUUUUUUCAGCACUGUAAUUUGAUGGGGUUUAUUUUCUUUUUAUUUGCUAACAUCUUAAAGGUGCUGUAAGCGUUUUUAUUCAUGGAAAGGUAUGCAAAAAAUGUUCCCACUCCCUGAAAGAUAUUAAUGAAAUAAGUAAGUGUUUUGAGAUAUCUCACCGGUCUCUAUGACAGCUCUAGAUUCUACAAACAGCAAACAAAACAAUUUCCACGGGCCGCGGCCUCUGACGCUUUCGACCUGUCAAUAAUUUUGUGCAUUCUCAUAGUAUUGUAGUUGCAGCAAAUAAUUGAGGCUUAAUGCCAUUUUUAUGCCAUGUUGUUCAUAACAGUUGUCAAUUGAGGGCGCUAUUUUGCUGCUGUUGUUUUUAACAACUGUUUCUGCACAAUGUCAGUCUCAACAAAGCUAAUUUGUUAUCUUUGGAGUGCAGGGAUUUGGAGAGAGGGGCGUGACUAAUUCAAUGGCUCAGUCUUGCAGAUCUAGAACGGCUAAAAUCGCUUACAGCACCUUUAACUCCAUGUCCAUAAGCUUGCGACACCAUUCUAGUUUUGUUGCAUUGCUCGCUCUCAAUGUAAACAUGGUGUAAUCUUUGUAAUGUGUACCACUAGCUAACCAGCGCACGUGUAUUUAAGUCCUGUGCGUCACAGGUUUCUGUAAAACUCUAGAAAAUGUGUAUAACUAAAAAGUUAAAAAGCUGCUCGUUGCAUUAUAAUCACAACAAUCGCAACAAUUUCCAUUUUUCUCCUGAAUGUGGAAGUGUUUAAUGCUUAAUAACAGAAUUCAGUUUUCGAUGUCUGGUCUCCAGUGGUUUAAUUUGCAUCUGCGUAUUUUUAAGCGGAUAAUGUGAUGUUUAGCGUAUUACGUGUGACUCUAUUUAGUGCAGAAACUUAAAAAAGUCACAAUGACUCAUUAACUACAAACUACUUUGAGUUGUUAUUGACAGCCAAAAACUGCAUAAGUUGAAUCUGAACUUAUUUUUGCUCCAAUUAAAAUAGCUGUUGUGGAGCUAGGCUCCUGAUUGGGUGGGCCAGGCCCCCUCUGGCCCCCUGUGGAGCCGGACCUGCAAUCCGAUUGAAUUCCGUUCUCAUAUCUUCAUACCACAUCUUUGUAUAAUACCACACAGUGGCUUUAUUGCGAUAAUUCCCAUAUUUCUACUUUGCACUAAAAGUAUCUGUGCCUUUAAAAACUACACAGUGUCUGCCUUGAUGCACUCGCCAUUUUGUCUCUAAUCAAAAAGGAGGACAAUCCAAAAACAUGCAUGGAUGCACAUUUCUGAAAUCCUCCGACAACUGUAUACUCUCCAGGCAUUGCAUGCUAUUUUCAUUGUUGGUUUAGGAAACACAACUCCAGUCCUUGCACACUAUUUAGGGUGAAUAUCAUGCAAAUUGAGUUUAAGCCUGUUUAAAAUGCAUUGGAGUCUAUUUUUAUCUUCACCUGUUCUAUUGUUCAUCAGAAAUAGUGUCCUAAUUUCUAUUGACAAUAGACCACAUAUAUCCUGCACAACACAAAUUUGCUGCCUACCGCGAGUUGCUAAUGCUGCAAGACAUUUUUAUGGACUUUAUUCACAGAAAAUGAAUCAUUUCUCCCUAUGUGGAUCAUAGACUCUCUUUGACUCAGGUGUAGUUGCAGAAAACCAGAUGGCCUUAAAAAUCAAUCAGCCCCCAUCGCUGGGCUGGGCUGGGCUGGGCUUAUAUUCUGGAUUUACACAUUGAAUGUGAACAAGAUCAUGGCGUAUUUGUACACUUUUGCUCAUAUUUCCAAAUGUCACUACCGUUUUGUUCAGCAUAACUGAGCCGUGUUCCAUCCAUCCAUCCAUCGUCAACCGCUUAUCCUGUGUACAGGGUCGCGGGGGGCUGGAGCCUAUCCCAGCUAACAUUGGGCGAAAGGCGGGGGACACCCUGGACAGGUUGCCAGUCCAUCGCAGUACUGAGCCGUGUUAUUGAUUAUUAUUAUGUUCUUCUGUGCCAUGCAAGUGGGUCGUUGGCAUGUCCUGUGGUGUGACACUUACUCAAUCUAAAACUAUUUUAAACAGCAUUUUGCAACUUUUAUAAUUAUGCAUGCAGCUUUUAUGACUUCACUAACUGAGACGCCGUCGAAUAUUUGCACUUUUAACAAUGUAUUUGUCACACUGCAAGAGCAUUUAAACUGAACUUGUGAAGUCAAAAGGUGAAUUUAAAGGGUGACCAGUCACAGUACCUAAAAUAUACACUUUUCCCUUAUAGAGAAUAUAACAAUUUUAAUCUCAAAUAUUGAUUUUAUGCUGUAAUGCAUCAACUACCCUACAUUAAGGAUAUAACACCAAAUUAUGUCUAAUAAAUGUUUACUACUGAAUCUAACAACCAGCUUUAUACGAACUAAGGCAUAUUUUAACAAGUGAAUUAAAAAUGAACAGAUUACAGGGUUUAUUUCAAGACCAAAGCUUCCCAAAUUUGAGUUUCACAGACAAAAUUACAUUGACAGAAAAUCCUGUCACCUGAUAUUUAUUGUAUGCAAUUAAAUUGAAGCUACUGAACCAUGCUUUUUUUUUCUUAAAAAAUUUAUAAUUAAUUGUACACCACUUGUGAAGCCUAUAGCUCUCAUAUAUAUACAUAUAUAUAUAUAUAUAUAUAUAUAUAUAUAUAUAUAUAGAUAGAUAGAUAGAUAGAUAGAUAGAUAGAUAGAUAGAUAGAUAGAUAGAUAGAUAGAUAGAUAGAUAGAUAGAUAACCUGCUUUAAUCAUUGAUUAUUUAGUCCAAUUAUUUUCGCAUGACUGGCAUAAGUGACUUUUUAUUGCGAGUGUACAGCUUAUGAAUAUUGCACAUUUAAUUUUGUUUUCUAGGUAUAUUUUGUAUUUGUUGGUUAUACCUACAAUGUUAAUAAAUAAAUAAAGCAUCUUUGUU